GAUGUGACAACUCUAGAGCUAUGUCCACCCCAGUGUACUUUAAGGUCCUGUACCUUGGAUAGUUCUCAUAGUAUAACAGUAAAAUUUUGAUUGUUUGAUAGCUUCAUUAAGCAUAAUUAGGUCAUACAAAAAACAGCCGAUUCUGAGAGGGUCAGGUGGAAGGCACUCACUGACUGGCAACUCAAUUUAUGUUAGGCUACGUUCACACUGCAGGCGAAAGCGCAUCAAAUCCGAUUUUUUUGACCCUAUGCGACCCAUAUCCGAUCAUGGUAUGACAGUGUGAACGGCACAAAUCCGAUAUUUUCAAAUCCGAUCUGGGUCACUUUCGUAUGUGGUACUGAAUCCGAUACAUAUCCGAUGUUUUAGAAAGCGACUGCUGUUUGAAUGUUCAUGUCGCAUUAAAUCCGUCUUUUACGUCACUGACACAAGACAGACGCCAAUUAUCAGCGCCGGAGAAGCGCCCGAGAAGACAUCGUGAACGCUUCCUGGCCAUCCAGUGUAGAUGUUAGUGAAACUGUUGGGAAGACAACGUGAACAUUUUAUUUGUACUGUAUAAUCUGCAGAUUCUGACAGAAAUCUGCAACUAUCCUUUGAAGCACCGCUCCUCUCUAAAACAGCAAUAAGGAUAAUUAUUAGGUUAUUUACAAUAUUAUAUAAAUAACAAAAUAACUUAAAGCAAAAAUUGGGAAACGUAAAGUCCGAAGUCUUUAUAUUAAGGGCCAUCAGUCAAACAAUAUUGUUUGCUCUGGGUCUAAACAGAGCGCGUUGUGUGUGACGUCUUCUUUUGCGCAUGCGGGCCGCUUUGAGGGUUCACACUAGAGCGCGUUUGCUGUCGCAUUUUAUUUGUAGUGUCAACAAGCAGACAAAAAAAUCGGAUUUGAUCAAAAAAUCGGAAUUGAGCAUUAAGACCUGCAGUGUGAACGUAGCCUUAGUUUUGGCUGGAGAGGCGAGAGGGAACAGAGGUAGCUGGUUAGCAGAGACUGAACUUUCAAACUAAGGUAAGGUUAAUGUGCUUGUGUGAGAAACAUUACCAGCUUUCGCCAGUUUAGCUUCAGCCUAAGUACAAUGCAUUAAAUGAUAAGACAGUUGAUCAAAGCAUGGAGUUUACAACUCAUCUUCAUAUCUUCCCUUGUCUGUCUCUACAGGUGAUUCAUCUGUACACUGUAUAGUCAUACAAGGUUUGCAUUCUGACCUGCAAGCCAAUGGACCAUCACCAUCCUCAUGUCCUAUGGAGGAGGCUCUUAUGGACGCACUGAGCGUGUCCGCCAGGCGCCCCACUAUGACCAGGUACCCAGCUCUUUACCCCGAUCAGACUCCUAUGAUCUACAGCCCCUGAGAGAGCAGAGAGCUCCUCAUCUUGCUCAGAGCACCGACCCUCUUCCACCUCCGCCUUUGCCUGCUCAGCCUCCUGUUGGCCCUGAGUUUGACCCCAGUGGAAGUGAAGACAACGCUGAUCCAGAGCCUGAUCCUGCCAUUGACAUCAAACCAGUCCACCGCUUUAUCCCCAACUCAUGGAAGAACUUCUUCAGAGGAAGCAAUCGCAGUAGUAAAAAGACGUGGUCCAUGCCUACGUCGUCAAGCAAUAACAACAGCACAACAGACGGAGUUCGCUGCUCCCCCCCACACUCCCCCUCUCUUCCUGCGUCAUUCCGAGAUAAAUAUGGCGGAUCAGGCGGCAGCUACAAUUCACGCAAAGAGCUUCUGGAAGCAAGGGAUGGCCAUGACUCUCUGUCUGGCCACACCUACCAUACAGGUCUGACCUACAGUGAGCGAGUGCAGGAGUACCAUCAGCGCUAUGCCUAUAUGAAGUCCUGGGCUGGACUGCUGAGGAUUCUGGGCUGUGUGGAGCUGCUGCUGGGAGCAGGUGUAUUUGCCUGUGUCUGUGCUUAUAUCCACAAAGACAAUGAGUGGUUCAACAUGUUUGGAUAUUCGUCUCCUGGUGGAGCUUAUGGAGCAGGUUACUAUGGUGGCAGCAUAGACGGGACCUCCUACUACACAGGCCCCAAAACCCCUUUUGUGUUGGUAGUGGCAGGGCUGGCAUGGGUGGUAACUGUGAUCAUGUUAGUGCUCGGGAUGACCAUGUACUACCGCACCAUCCUGCUGGACUCCUCCUGGUGGCCUUUGACUGAGUUUAUCAUAAACUUGGCCUUGGCAUUGCUGUAUAUGGCAGCAGGCAUUGUCUAUGUUCGAGACACAAAUCGUGGAGGUCUCUGCUCCUACCCAGUGUUUAACAAUGGUAUUAACGGAGCGUUCUGCAGAACGGAAGCAGGCCAGAUUGCUGCCAUUAUCUUCCUCUUUGUCACAAUGCUUGUGUAUCUGAUUGGAGCCAUUGUGUGCCUCAAGCUGUGGAGACACGAAGCUGCACGUAAAUACCGGGAGAGGUACGGCCAGGAGAUGCAGCCAUCAAACAUACGAGCUGUGCAGUCAUUGAUGGUAACAGAUUCUGCUCCUGCUCCCAGAAUUCCAGAAAAGGUCCAGGGCUCUUCAGUGGUUCCCAUCCAUACUGCACCAAAAGCAGUUCCUGCAAAGGUUUUGCAGGGAGCUAUACCUUCAGGGCACAUUCCUAAACCUGUUAUAGUGCCAGACUACAUUGCUAAGUACCCAGUGAUCCGGUCAGAUGAGGAGCGGGACCAGUACCGGGCCGUGUUUAACGACCAGUACGCAGAGUACAAAGAGCUCCACUCAGAGGUGCAGGCAACCCUCAAGAAGUUUAAUGAGAUGGACGCUAUGAUGGGCAGUUUACCUCAGCACCCUACCAACCAGAUGGAGGUGGAUCGCAUUAACAGAAUCCUCCAGGAGUACCAGAGGAAGAAAAAUGAUCCCACUUUCCUAGAAAAAAAAGAGCGUUGUGAGUAUCUGAAGAACAAGCUAUCACACAUCAAACAGAAGAUCCAAGAAUAUGAUAAAGUCAUGGAAUGGAAUGACGGUCUGAUGUUUGCAGCAGAAUCAGCACCAAGUGGAUCAGAAGUUAUGUCUUCCAGUCCCGUAGGAAGCCCUCCUCCUUACGAGGCAGAUAAUGACCAUAAAAUCAUUCCGCAGCCUGCCUAUUCUUACUACCCAGAUGAUGAGUUCCAGCAUUUCUACCGCUUGACGUCUCCACCAGGCGUCCUCAAAAUCAUGGCUGUCAUUUGCACUUUUUUGUGCUUGCUUAUAUUUGCUUGUGUUGCCUCCACACUGGCUUAUGACUCUCAGGGAGCAUUGUCUGGUUUUGGAGGCAUUGGCGGCGGCUAUGGUGGCGGCUAUGGUGGCGGCUAUGGUGGCGGCUAUGGUGGCGGCUAUGGCGGCGGCUUUGGCGGUGGCUAUGGCAGUGGCUAUGGAUAUGGAGGAUAUGGUUACAGUUAUGUUGAACCACGUUCAGGCAAAGGGUUUAUGAUCGCCAUGGCAGCCAUUGUGUUCAUCUUCGUACUCACGGUCUUCAUCGUCAUUGUAUCCCGUCAAAGCCUAUCAGAGAGCAGGAGGUUCUACCUGGCUGUGGUGAUCAUCUCUGCCAUCCUAGCCCUGUUUAUGCUUAUAGCCACCAUAGUAUACUUGGUGGCAGUGAACCCAUCGGCACAGUCAUAUGGAACUCUUCAAGGCAACACCCUUACUGCAUUGUGUGCUCCCUACCAACAACCGCAGACCUCAGCACUAUUUGUUAAUGAAUACCUUUACCGUUACUGUGUGUUUGAGCCACAAGAGGCCAUUGCCGUUGUGUUUGGCUUCCUGGUGACAGCAGCUCUGAUUAUCAUGCUGGUCUUUGCACUGAAGACGCGGCAGAAAAUCCAAAAUUUUGGCAAAAGCAACAUUUUGUGGAAGAAAGUGAAAGUCAUCGAUGACUUGGCACCACCUCAGGAUGUAGAGGCAUGGGUGAACAAUGUGUCUGCUGCGCCUGGAGAAGUUCCCAUUUCAGACUACCCAGAAAAACUAAGGAGCUCCAGGAGUCAUCUGGAUGAUGAAAGCACAAACUAUGACAAACCACCAUACAGCUACAGCCCUCAGCCUGUUGUCCAGGAACUGCCACUGCAAAGCAGGCCUCCCUACAGCAGUAUCUCAGAAGUGGCAAGUUCAGCCGGAUAUUCCAGAACGAGACGACCAGGUCGGCCUCGCCACGUAGACGGACAGGACUACGACACAGAUUACAACUCAUCUGGAGACGAGCUGGAUGACAACGACUUUGACAGUGAAUUUCCUCCAAUAGCAAAUGAGCAAGAACGCAAUGACUACAAGCGUGAAUUUGACCACGACCAUCGGGAGUACAAAGAUCUGCAGGCAGAGCUUGAUGCCAUUAACCAGAGCCUUUCAGCAGUGGACAGAGAGCUGGAUGAACUGGAGGAGGGAAGCCCACAGUACCUGGAUGCUUUGGAUGAGUACAACAAGAUAAAGAAUAUGAAAAAGUCUUCAGAUUAUCAGGUGAAGAAGCGCAGGUGUAAAUAUCUGAAGUCCAAACUGAACCAUAUCAAGAAGAUGGUCAGUGAUUACGACCGCAGGACCUGA